ACGGUGAGGAGCGGAGCGAAACGUAGAAAAUGAAAGAAAAAGAAAAUCAAAUGUCGCGAAAAGAACACCCGCGAUCUUCUUCAGAUCUCGCCAAUCGCCGAUCAAAGGAUUCUCCGGCGAAAAAAACAUCAAAGAAGACUGCUCAGAAGAGUUUAACGGAAGCGUUUGCUUCACCGGUUGAAGAUGUCUUGCCUGAAAUUUCUGAAGAAUCCUUUGAUUUCUCUUCAAUUUCUGCGAUUUCAGAUUCUAAUUACAACGGUGAAACCACUAAGAGCUUUGUUAUGGCUUCGUAUCCAUCGCUUUCAACUUCAACAGAAACCUUCACACCAUCUGAACUCACUCCUUGUUCAAAGAUAAGCACUGUCAACAGAGAUGAACAAAUUGACUUUUCAAAGAUUGCAUCGGCGGAAGUAGAGAUAGUAGUGAAUCUUAUAAAGAAAGCUCGACUACAAGCAUUGAAUUCUGUUGAUAUGGAGAACAAAUCGAAGAAGGUUCUGGAUGAAUUGAUCAAGUUUAUUAUCAAUGAGUUUUACUCUCUCCCUCAAGAGAGGGAUAAGAUACCUCAUCUUGUUUCUAGAAAUGCUUAUGUCGGAUUUCUCUGCUUCCUGCUCUGGAUUGUUGUGGUCUUGCUGUUUUCCUUCUAUUUGUUCUACUACUCUAGACUCGCUUGCUCUUUCACUGGACUUCCGCCGACUUGAAGGUUGGACCUCAACUGGUCUUCUCUCCUCAGCUGAUAUCUGCUGGACUCUCCUCAACUCGUACACAUUCUUUACUCUUCAAAUUGUGUUUACUUGCGACAGCUUUUGAAAUUUGCGUCACUCCCAAUGUUAGCAAUAAUUAGGGUUCACUGCCGAUUCAUGGUUGAAUCCAAAGCCUGUUUUAAAUAAUCUUGAAUCACUCCUCACCAUUCAAUGCCGCCAAGUACCUCACUUUCUGGUGCCCGUUUAAUUGCUUUCCCCCGUUUCGGUGCUCAUUGCUUUAUUGUGUCUGACACAAGGGAGGCAAUCUCUCUGGCGCAUAAUAAUGUCAACUAGUUUAUUAGGAUUAAAUUGAUUUUAGAAUUCAUAGCCAUACACAUGGUACAAUGAUUUUUGGUGAGAAUUAGGAUUAGGUUCAUGAUUAUAUUAGAAUAUGGGGCAUCUUUCUUUUGAUUAUCCCAAGAUCAGGUAGAAACCCUUGGCUGUUUUCAUCAACCUCUGUUUGUGGGCUGAUUUCUUUGCUGAUAAAAAUGGUUUUCCAUUAACAAUCUGCAUCAAAUCGAUUGCACCAUUAAAGUAGAGAUUACAUUGUUGAUUAACAUAACAUUAUUAGUCUUUCAAAGGAUGAACUUGGUGGGCCAUUCUCUUGAGACCAUCAUGCAUAGUAAUUAUAUGGCUUUGACGUCUUUACAUUA